AUGGGUUACACCACCACUGUAGAGUUUGACCAAAUAAGGUUGUCCCCUGUUCCUGAGCUUGCUCUCCGGGACUCCAGCAACGUAGGACUGCAAACCGGGCGGGGAAAGUCCAAUGUCAUAAACCGCCUCGGCAAUGCGACCUUCCGCAAACAAGCACUUGGGGUCUCGCUCAUCAGCCAUCGGUGCUUGAAACUUUCCAUUCGGUGUACUCCAGUAACACAUGAUUGGGGCAAUCGCGGCGGGCUGCGCCGUAGUGCUCAAGCCAUCCAAGCGUGCGGCUGUUUCUCAGCACCUGUUGAUCAAAUCAUCCGAAAAUACCUCGGCCAGAAAGCCAUCACAUGCGUCACUGUUGGACCUGAAGAGAUGAUCUCCAAGAUUGUCUCCAGCUCAUUGUUAUUAACCGCGUCGAUCUAA